UGAUGACGAUGAUGAUGAUGGUGAAGAAGAGGAAGAAGAAGGAGAGGAGGAGGAAGGAGAGGAAGAGGGCGGUGAGGCUGCAAUGAUUGAAGAAAGCGAGUCUGAUGGAGAAGACGGCGAUGUAUGUCCCAUUUGUCUGAACAAGUUCCGUCUUCAGGACAUUGGCACACCUGAGUCAUGUGACCACAGCUUCUGCCUAGAGUGUAUACAGGAGUGGGCCAAGAACGUGAAUACGUGUCCCGUGGACAGGCAAGUGUUUCAUCUCAUCCUGGCUCGGCAUGUCGGGGAGGAGAUCAUCUUCAAACAGAUUCCUGUGGAAAAUCGGAGCCAGGCAGAGGAGGAGCAAGAGGAAGAUGACCCGACGUACUGUGAGGUGUGUGGUCAGGCGGACAGAGAGGACAGGCUACUGCUGUGUGAUGGAUGUGACAUGGGAUACCACUGUGAAUGUUUGGACCCACCGCUGGCACAAGUGCCGGUGGAUGAGUGGUUCUGCCCGGACUGUCAGCAGGCCCGUGACCAAGCCAAUCUUCUGAUGCCAAGGCAGUUACGACGCCAGAUAGCCCGCACGAGGGUCAGUGAGCGCGUGCGUAGAAUCAUCGCAGAUAUCCGGAUCGAGCGAGCUCAAAGACAGGAGCGUGUGGCUGCAGCCAUGGAUGCCCAGGAUGAGGGAGAGGGUGACAAUGAACCAGGUCCUUCCACCUCCUCGUCAACAACAAGGGCAGCAGCUCCACGUAGACGCAAAACGACUCGCAAAAGGACGACAAGAAAGAAAACACGGAGGAAAACCACACGCAAAAGGAAAACUACCAAGAAGAAGACAGCAGGAAGCAAGACAGGGACAAAGAGAAAGAGGAAGACUACAAGGAAAGGAAAAGGCCGCAAGAAAAGGAAGGUCAAGAAAACAACAAGGAGGUCGUCAGCAACUGGAAGCUCACCGGCUGCUGUUCGGACGGCUCGCAUACCGCCAGUAACAAGUGUCAAAGGUCGUAUUGCCGACAAGCUAGGUCUGUCUCGUCCCCCAGCCGGACGAUCCAUUCCACUUCAAAAGACAUCCAGCGGAGCCAGUCGCGUGGAGCCGGGUGGCGCUGGGCGGUUUUCCGACUUCAAGAUGUCCUCGUUCUCCAUCCUAGGCAGGAAGGAUGAACUCUACUGUUUUGCUGAACAUGAAGGUGAGGAGCGGCAGCCUGUCAACCGACCAGCCAUUCCGGCCAAAGCGUUGCUGUCUCGCUCAGCACUUUCCUCUCACAAACCACUCAGUUUUGCUCCGACCAAGCGGAAAAUUGUGGUUCCGCAACCCCCAGUAGCACAAUCCUCCUCAUCUGCGACAACAUCUUCCCCGUCUGCUGCCCCGGCAGCAUCUGCUUCGUGCUUUGACCUGUUGGGCUCCAUCAUGCAGAACCAGGACCUACUGGCCAAGGGAAGUAAGCACGUCAUCAUCAAGAGGGACGGUUCCCUACAUGCAGCAGGUUCGAAAAGUAGUUCUCAAUCCAACAGUAGUCCGUCCUCGUCUGCACAGUCCAGCGGUGUUGAGGCCAGAAGUGAUAGCUCCCUGCAGGUCAAGCAGUCACCAAUCAAGAAAUCCUCCUCAGCCUCUGAGGUCACAGCUAAAUCUGACAAGACCAUAAGCUGGGAAAUACGAGACAAAAAGCGCACGGCUCGAGUAAAGAGUUCCACUUCAUCGAAGUCUGUGGAGACCGAGGCGAGUUUUUCAAAAUCAGCGGAUUCUGAUGAAGAGUUAGCAACGAUGGCGAUGGGUGGUACUGAAGGGAUGAUGGAUACUAGUGGAGAUGAGAUGGUGGAGGAGAAGAGAGGUGGAGCUAGCCGUGGGGCGAGUGAAACCAUGGCGGAGGGUUUUCUAGAUUCUUUGGUGUCGUCUUCAGCCCAGCGAACAUCAGACGAUGGUUGUGACCUAAGCGAGACUGGCCCGUCUAGUUCUGCUGUGUUCUGUGAUGAUGGAAGUGCUGACCGUUUGGGUGGUCAAAAUUUGAGUUCAGUCCCAGAUGGUGACUCAGAAGAAAGGCAUGGUGCCCGCAACACUCAGAAUGAGCAGGUGGAUGAUUUCUCAGAGGAACCAUCAACAUCACAGGGUCUUUCCAACAGUGGUCCUUCCUCUUCUGCACUGUCCAGUGGUCCUUCCUCGUCUGCACAGUCCUUGGCACCCAGUCUGUCAGCUCUGGAUGCCAUGAGCUCUGUAGAAGGGCAUGGUCGGGUCAGCCGCAUGAAGAGAAAUCUAGAUUACCUGGUCAGCUCAAAGGGCAAUCUGGCAGGUUUUGAGAGUGGAGAGGAUGAGGAGACAGGAAGUAUCGACACUGGCGAGGUGGGUUUCCGCUAUGAGAGGGAGGAAGGGGAAGCAAGUGAUAGUGGGGAGGAGGGAGAAGUGAGAUCUGUUGGGGAGGCGGUUGAGGAGGAAGGGGAUGGGGGAGACCAGGAGGAGGGGGAGAUUGUGGAUGAUGAGGAGGAGUGGGCUCCCCCAGCAGGAGGGUGUGCGGAGGAGGAGGAGGAGGGGGGUGGUGGAGGUCUUGACGUGAACGCGAUUCACAUUGAGGAGAUGGAAAGGGGAACCUUCCGGAAGAGGAGUGAGAGUCAGGGAGAGGUUCAACUGGGAGGGGGUGGAGGGGAUGCAGGGGAGAUGGGUAAGACACAGGAGGAUAAAUUUGAUAAAGACUCGCCUGUUGUGAAAGAAGAAGAAGGUGCUGUUACUGAUGAAGAAGAGCGAGAUGGACGAGUAAAUGGGUCCAUGAUGGGCAGCUUGGUGACUCAUAACUUUGAUGAAAAAAAGGAGAAAACAUUGAAGAAGGAGGAGGAGGAGGAAGCAAAGAGGAAGGUGGAGGAGGAAGAGAGGAAUAGACAGGAAGCAGAGGAGGACAAGAGCAAAAAGAAGAUCAGCAUCCUUGACUUCCUGGGACCCGCCGGGCCCAAGUUUGGAGUGGAGGGAGAGGGGUCAACGUCCGUUGUGUCCCGAGGGGGAGGGAGGGGCAGGGGGAGAGGUUUUCAUUAUGGUGGCCGUGGAGGGAGGGGAGGCAGAGGAACUACGGGUUUUGGUGGGGAGGAAUAUUUUGAGAAUGGGAGAGAGGAGGAAGGGGGAGGGAGAUUUUACCGUGGUAGAGGACGAGGUAGAUGGUAUCCGGGCUCUUCAGAACAGGGUUUCCGAUUUGGCAGUGGGAGAAAACGUAAAGGUUAUGAUGGAGAAGAAGAGGAGGAGGAGGAUGGAGGCUCUGAGUUCUUUGGGAGGAGAGAUGGUCGCUGGCAGAAAGAUGACGAGUGGAGCGGGGAGCCCUCCUGGCAGCAUGGGGAGAAACACAGUAGAAAAUACCGGAAGUUUCAACCCAAUGGUGAAAAGCGGCGUCGACGCUCUGAUUCCCAGGAUAGCCGGCCUGUCAGUCAAAGGUCAGGGUCAUAUGACAGCAGCUCGUCUCGGCCUCGGCGGAGGGACAGCGAGAAGGAUGAACGGCGGAGGGGGAACAGAGGAAAAAGACGAAGGAGUAGGUCAAGGUCGAGGAGUGAGGAAAGGAAACGGGGAAGGAGGUAUGAAGGAGAUAGGCACCAGAGCCGAGAGGAGAAACGUAGACGGCGGGGGAAGUGGAGCCGAACUCGCAGGGACAGGGAGGAAGAGGAAGACUCUUCCAGCAGCUCAGGAGAGGAGGGUUCUGGUAACGGAAACGUCAGCUCAGGGAUGAGUGGAGAUGAAGGGGCAGAGGAGAGGGAAAGGAUGGAAGAGGUAUCAACAAACGGGUAUGCUUAUAAUAGAGAUCAUGACCUCCCAGCUAGCUCCACAAGUGCUGCUGACAACUUGGAGAAGGUUAAUGAGAGGCAACCAUGGCCGGGCCAUCCCCCUCCUAUACAGGGGGCUCCUGCAGAGAUCCAUGCCCACCACCCUUCAGUACAUAUCCACGGUGGCCGACAGCAGCCACCAGCCCCGUUCACUCAGCACCCCGACGGCCCGCAGCAUCAUCUGCCUCCCCACCCCACAGCAAGACCCCCAGCCCACCCAGGAGCCAUUUCGUACCCACAAUCCUCGUAUCCACCGCCUCACUACUCUGGCCCACCCCACCCCCACAAUCCCGCCACGGCUCCGGGGUCUAGACCCAUGACCCGUCCUCAUAGCUACCCUUACCCUGGGUACCCUACCUACCCUCCGGCCCCGAGACCCAUGAACCCAAUGCACAACGCGACCCUCCCCCCACCAGUCCCGCCCCCUGGCCAUCCCACCACCCACCCUACCUCUACACCGCACAAUGCAGGUUUCCCCCCACACUACGGGCACACCCCUCCAUCACAACCCCCUACAGCCAGCACCACCGCAGCCCACCCUCACAUGUCGCAACACCCACCCUAUUACCCUGGGCCGCCCUCGGGUCACUACCCACCACCUGCCCCUGCUACGACACGACACCCUAUGUACCCAACGGCACCCGCAGUGGGCUCAACGUACCCAUCCCACCCCCCUACCAGCCAACAUCAGCCACCACCCCAACAACCACCUGCCCCUGCUGCCCACCCGGGCUACCCCCGCUACCCACAACCCGUGACAGGUGUGGAGAAGGUAGAACCAGGAGUUACCCUCAAACAGGAAGUGGGGGGCGGUGGGAAACUAGAGCCAGGAACAGCAGGGAAAGUUGAAAGUCAUCCUGCGUUGCGUCAUGAGGCCGGUAAAACACGAUUGAAAUCCCCGAAGCAAGAGAAGGUGAGCCGGCGGGCCAGCUAUCGCAUCUCCCCACCGCCCGCCAUCCGGGGAGUGGCCACAUCAGACAGACUGGCCUCCAAUAUCCUGCAUGAUGAGGUGAAGAAAGGUUUUAAACAGCUGGUGGAGGACGCAGUGCGCAGCGCUCUCAAGGCCGCCUGGAGCAACAAGAAGAUCAGCAAGGAGGAGUACAAGGACAUCUUCAAGAGAUCCGUGGAGAAGGUGACAGCUUCGAAGGAGACGGUGGUGCACCAGGAGAAGAUUCGCUCGCUGGUGGAUGCCUAUGUCAUGAAGGCCCGCAAAGCCAGACGCUCUUAGCCGAUAGGACCUGGAAUUUGUCUUUGUGCUUGUGCCCACUCUGCUGUCCUCCAAGGGAUUGUGUUGUUGUUGUUUUUCAGAUUGAGAGACUGAAAUGAGAAGAAUGAGAGACUGGAUAGUAAAGUGGAUAGUAAAGAAUGCCCAGUGUAAGAAGUUGUGGGAUUUUUUGGUCUUUGGAGAUGUUACAGAAGAAUAUGAAGUGAAUUGUCGUGUGCUAGUGAAAACCUAGUGUGCGCCUGUCCGUACAGUAUUUUCGUCUUCAUUUGUUGCGGAGACUGGUGCAGAAUAUCAUUCCUGUCCAGCCUCUUGUUUUAAAAAAAUCCUAUUUGUCUCUUUCUCCCUUUUCAUUUCAGUUAUAUAAAAUUCAUGCCUGACUUAUUUGCAGAAUACUCUGAAGAAAAAAAGCUCAUUUCUUACAAAUUUGUUUUUUGUAAAAUUAUGUUGUUCAUAAAAAUGUAGAAAGAAAACAGUUUUUCUAUCAAUGUUAUUGCUGUUUUAGGCAUUGGGAAAAGUAAUGUGUGCUUGAGAGUCAAUGAACAAGUUUACCUUUUGUGUGUCUGCCACCCCAUGAAUAGAUUUGCUUGGCAUUUGGAUGUCAGGGGGGUCUUCGGUUUAAGAUUGGAAUGUAUUCUUGUUUGAGACAGUGACAUGUUUGUUUUAGAUUCAUUAUAUCAUUCCCUGUUUCCCAUCAUUACCCUGUAUGGUUGGCUCCUCCCGCCUUUGAGUCCCUUGUGUCUUCCAUUUCCGUAAUCGCCAACACUCCAGUGGGCUAGAGUCGAGAUUAUGCAAACUGUUUUGCUAAAAAAAGAAAAUCCCAACUUUUUGUAGGUACAGACAUAAAAUUUUUGUAUAUUAUCUUUGUUUUUGUUUUAUUAAUCUGUCAAUCAGUUCAGUGGUAGAAAUUUAUAUGUAGUUUUGGUGUUUUUUUAAAAACUAGUGUGCUAUAAACUCCUCUCCCCCCCACCCCCCACCCUCAUUCCUAUAAUGUGUGAUAGCAUACACAUAUAACUUGGGUAAUGCAGUCUACAUAGGGAAUAGUGGGUUAUAGGAAGAAUUUGUGUAACAUGAGGGAAGCUGGGUCGUUUUUAGAUUGGUUUGUGUCCAAGAAUUGUUGAUUUCAUUUCCUUUCUUUUGACAGUUGCGGAUAAUACACACAUACAUAAUAUGAUAUUUGUCCAUUGUUUCCAUAUUUGUGUUAGCAUUUGUUGUUACUUUAGUUGUCCUUACAAAUAUGCAAGAAAUUUUCUUUGCUGUAACUUCCCGAUUAAUUCAGUUGUAGAAAACAUAUUUUGACUUUUUUAUUUCUGAGAAUUAGGUUAUGUUUGAAAUGCGAGUGAUUACUGAUACUGGUGUAAAUUUGACACUUGAAGGACUCUUCCAGUUUCAACCUUGUCACUGAAUGCCAAUAAAUAAGAGACAGUAGAUCUCUGAGUUGUUGACCAGAGCGAGAUUGUUGAUUGCAAUGAUGACAUGAUGCACAAGCCAGUGAACUUUUCCAGUUUUUCCCAGAGAAUGAGGUUUCCUGUCUCCUGUGAACAAUUGUAGAGAAGAGAAAUAUUUUUUCUCUUCAUAUGUCUUCAUAUGCAUCUUUUCCCAUUCCAGGACUGUGUUUGUAAUCUUUAUGUCUCUCUCAAUACACUUUUAUUUAAACUGUAAACAAGGUGUUCUAUUUUUUUGUCCUUAAUAGAGAGGAUUGAUUAGAUGUCUCUUCUUUUACGAAAAGGCUGUGCAGCCUCUAUAAAACUUUCUUUAAGAACUAGGAAUAAGCACAUUUUACUUUUGACUUAGUGCUUUUGCAAUCUAAGGUCUAAAUGGAAUAUAUGAAAAUGGCCUGACCGAAAAGUAAUUAAUUCUAAGAAGAGCAUGAUGGUAAAAGUUUUGUCAGGUCGCAAGUAUGACGGCGAGUUCUCUGUUUUCCCUAAUGCUUGAUGGGUACGGGGACGCUAUCCAAGAAUGCACAGGUCGUCGUUUCCUUGUUGACAUUUCUUUCUUCCACGGCAACCGGAUGAUUAACAAUUGUCUCUUGUUGUUCUUAUCGAUCCAGCAACAGCUAGGCUCUCGCCCUUCUGUCCAAUGCCAUGUAGUGAUAAGUGCAGGUUUGCUGCAGUUGCUGUAAUGUUCCGUAGAGUGUGUUGUCAAUGUUAGCUCUUGGAAGGAGAAGUGUGUAGCUCUGAUGUCAUUUAGGGCUGUACGGUGGAAAAGGUGAUGAUCCAGUCUCAUACGCUUAGUCACAUAGUCUGAGAGUUAAAACGGUUCAUUUCUAUUUCUUUUUUUGUCAGCGGUACAAAUGGCUGAUAUGUAUUAAUACAGGGUAGUAACUGUGACUGUGAGAAAUUCCUAAUCUUUCCCCAUUUUUUCCCAAUGGGGGAAAAGUGAGAAAAGCUCCCUCUAUUUGCUGUUACAAGUUUGACUUUUGUGCUCAUUUAAAAGUAGGAAAAUGAGAAAAACUGUCACAGAGUAUGUUUGUGAAAGUGACAUUGGGGAACCCUUGUUAGCCUGUGUUACCUUCUUGGUCGGGUGAUGGGGGUGGGGAGAUAUCAUGCUUUUGACUUGUGUACAGUGUUGGGUAGGGUCUUGUCGAUGAGCAUAGACUCACUGUAUACUGCUAUUGUCGAUGAGCAUAGACUCACUGUAUACUGCUAUUGUUGUCUGUUCUUUCACUGUACAUAGACGUAGUUGAAACUUGAAACGAAUUAAAGAGAAUUAUGGUAUGUACUUAACUUG